AUUUGUUCUUCCUUGUUCUCCGCCGCAUUGUCUCGGCUCCAUGAGAGAUCAAACUCUUCCCAAAGAAGCUUCUUCUUCUUCUUCUUCUACAUUCCCCAUAGCACCAAUCACGCUUUCGCAUCCCAAUUCGAAACGUGAGUUCUCCUUUUCCCUAUUCUCGAUCGCAUCGAGCAACCAAGUGUCGCGAGAAACACUUUAACCUAGAUCGAUGAUUCGCUUUAUAAUCAAUCUCACGAGCUGAUUCUGUAAUGUAGAAGCCCUAAUUUCUUGGGUAUGUAUGUAUGUUGUGUGUGAUUUGAUUUGAUUCUCUUUGAUCCUUUUAUGGCAAUGGUUGAGAAGAAUGGUUCUGCGAUUGGGUAUGUAGCUCGGAAUCUGUUACUAUGCUUAUUCGUCGUAACUACGAUCUUAUUCGCGCUUUCGUGUUACUUUGUGUUGCGUUCCACUGCUCAUAAUCGAUUCCUCAGCUCCACAUUUUCAUCUAAAUCAUUCGAUGUGAAUGUGAAAGGGGUAAAGAGGGAGAGAGAUGAUUGUAGUAGGUGUGUUAAGGAUGAUAAGUCGGUGAUAGCGAAGGCGGCUCCUCUUAAGGUUUAUAUGUAUAAUAUGGAUCCAGAGUUUCAUUUCGGAUUGUUAGAUUGGAAACCUGAUGGGAAGAAGAAAGGUAGUAGUAGUGUAUGGCCUGAUGUUCAGAAGUUUAUACCGCCUUAUCCUGGAGGGUUGAAUUUGCAGCAUAGUAUCGAGUAUUGGCUUACGUUAGAUUUACUUGCUUCGGAGUAUGAGAAUGCGCCGAGGACUGUUGCUGCGAAACGGGUUUAUAAUUCUACUGAAGCUGAUGUUAUCUUUGUGCCGUUUUUUUCGUCUUUGAGUUAUAAUCGGUUCUCUAAGGUGAAUCCUCAUCAGAAGAUUAGUAAGAACAAGGAUUUGCAAAGGAAGUUGGUUAGUUUUUUGACUGCUCAAGAGGAGUGGAAGAGAUCGGGUGGUAGAGAUCAUGUGGUUCUUGCUCAUCAUCCGAAUAGUAUGUUGGAUGCUAGAAACAAGCUGUUUCCUGCAAUGUUUAUACUCUCGGACUUUGGAAGGUAUCCUCCUACUGUGGCGAAUGUUGAGAAAGAUAUCAUUGCGCCUUAUAAGCAUGUUAUCAAAGCGUAUGAAAACGAUACGUCUGGUUUCGAUAGCAGACCGAUUCUGCUUUACUUUCAGGGUGCCAUAUACAGGAAAGAUGGUGGGUUUGUGCGUCAGGAGUUAUUCUACCUCUUGCAAGAUGAGAAAGACGUUCAUUUCUCGUUUGGGAGUGUGAGAAAUGGAGGCAUAAACAAAGCAAGCCAGGGAAUGCACAACUCUAAGUUCUGCCUCAACAUUGCCGGAGACACUCCUUCAUCAAACCGUCUCUUUGACGCCAUUGCCAGUCACUGUGUGCCUGUCAUUAUUAGCGACGACAUUGAGCUUCCUUUCGAGGACGUUCUUGAUUACUCUGAGUUCUCGGUGUUUGUUCGCACCGCUGAUGCAUUAAAAGAAAACUUUCUAGUUAAUUUAAUAAGGGGAAUAAGCAAAGAGGAAUGGACACGAAUGUGGAAGAGACUACAGGAAGUGGAGAAACAUUAUGAGUUCCAUUUUCCGUCGAAGGUAGAUGAUGCAGUCCAGAUGAUAUGGCAAGCGAUUGCACGUAAAGUCCCGAGUGUAAAAAUGAGAAUUCAUAAGUCUAGAAGGUAUUCUGGAUCUGCUUCUGAUACAGGGAAAGAAUCAAGAUGGUCUUCAUUGAUACCUCGGAGUUUUUGGUGAAUAACUAUGAGAUUUUUUUGUCUGUCUUCAUUUUCUCAGAGGACAUCUUUUUUUUUUCUUUGUGUAGAGAGAAGUUUAUGUUGGAUCAGAUGAUUUGUGAACUUUUUCUCCAAAUCAUAGGUUAUAUAUAGCCAGAGAGAUAAGUCUUUAUUCUAAUUUGAUUUCUGCUUUUCACCAUAGAAAGAAUAAUAAUGUUGUAAGUUGAUUUGUUAAAAUUGUUUCAUUUUAAUCUCUUUUUGUUAA